CCAUGUUCUAGAACUAUUUCCUUUGUUCUAGAAGCAUUGGUGAAUACCUGGAGCAGUGGAGUCUGCAGGGAGGGUCGUUGGCAGGGCGAAAGAGAAAUGGGUAUAUUUGAUCAGGGUCUGGGCUACACCCUUUUCUAUUACCUAACAUAGCACAACUUUUUGCAUGACUUGAAUGAUUGAACUCCCCCCGAGGUUCUUUCUGAAUUGCCUCUUACUCCUUCUACCUGCCCAUUUUGGAUCCGGCUUCCCUUUUAAAAACAAACAAACAAACAAACAAACAAACAAACAAACCCUAUUCUGCACUAAGUGCUAACAUCAGCCAGAGUUCUUCAAAAAGAAACUUGCUAAUAGAUUUUGCAAGGGCCAAUGAACGGGACAGGAGAUAGCGAUCGAGGCUUUUUUAUACAGUAUGCUCUUCUUGACCAAUGAGAGUUCCUGAACAGGCAGUGGAAACCCCACUUCCUCUGCUAGGUGCAAAAAAGCAAGUGUUCGAGUCAAGCAGCCCUCGUCUCUUUGCUGAUUACUCUAGGAAGGUAGAAAUGGUGUCCAUUGGGUGGAGGAAAAUGGCUCUUCUUUGCUGCCUUCUUCUCUGCGAUGUGGCCAGGACUUCAGCUGGUAAGAUCAGAAAAUAGCUUUAGUAUUCUCCCAUGGCAUUUGCAUGUGUGUGUGUGUGUACAAUAUUGGGUGUUUACACUCAAUGCACUUAAAGCACAUUUAAAAUGCUGUACAUGGGUUUCCCCCCAAUAAUCACGGGAACUGUAGUUUCGUAAGGGUGCUGGGAAUUGCAUCUCUGUGGUGGAUAAGCUACAGUUCCCAUGAUUCCUUAGGGGAAGCCAUGCACUUUAAAUGUAUGUUGUGUACGCAGUCCUUAUCAGAUGAGACCACUACUUUUUAAUUAAGUCUAAGAAACAGGGUUGCACUGGGUGGAGAGUGUGUGCGAUUGAAUCAAGGACUGUAACGCCCUUGUGAAGGAGAGGCUGUUGCAAGGUUUCCUAGUAGCAGUUACUGGUAGGUCAACUUUAGAUAUUCCAGUGUUUUAUUUGAAAACGGGAUUACAGACACCACCUGAUGCUCCUUUGCAAACCCUCUGAGACAGAGGUUCAGCACGCAGAACUCCCUUCCCAAGCCCAUGACAUCUCCAUGCUUGGAAAACUUCUCUUGCUAAAUAGCUGGAUGCCAGGCUGCGCUUAAAGGUUCAAGAUCUGAGCUGAAAACUUUAAGUGGGAAGGGGGCUAUUGGUUUUUAUUAUGCAUUUUGUGUUCUCUUUUUUCAUUUUUAUGUUGUGCAUUGCCCUGUGAUCUUUGGAUGAAGAGCAGUAUACAAAUUUUAAUAUUAUUAAUAAUAAUAAUUAAUGUUGAGGUUCUCUCUUUAUUCAGACAUGAAUGCACAGAAAAAGCAGUCUCACAAAAUGCCUGCUGUUAGAUAAACCGAAAUCUCUCUUUUUCCAUUGUGGUUUACAUUCUGAGUAGCGAAGAAGCUAAGGGUGUUUUCCCCCCUCCUGAUAUUUGAUUAACACUGGUGUGUGUGUGUGUGUGUGUGUGUGUGUGGUGUUGUUUUAGGUGUUUCUCAAGGCUAUUUACUGUAAAAUGAAUAUGCAGCUGCUUUCAACAUUUCUGGAAGGAGCGGCACUGAUGUAUAUGGAGCUGUAUUUUUAAUACUAGCAGUGGGAUGCCAGCCAAAGGGUGGGAAUAUUUGAGAAUUUGCUCAGCUUGGCAUUCAGAGUGAAAAAGAAAAGGGGGACAGAAAGAGAAGAGCAUGGAAGAAGAUGGACCUACUAACUAACUGCUGCUAUCACAGUGACCACUGUGAAUGAACACAUCAUUCAUGAGCCAUUCUCAGUUCCCCAUAGGCAUCCAGUUGGCUUCAGUAUGUUGUGAAUGUAUGUGAAAUUUCAAACCACUUCCUCUCUCGCUCUUUACAAUGUGCAAAUAGCCUCAGUGGAGCCACACAUACAUUCUGCUGGGAAUGUGCGUGGAAUUCGGAACCACUUCCUCUAUUGCUCUUCCUCAGUUGCAUUUAUGUCUAUCCCUAACAGAGCUAUACACACAUUCUGAAGUGCGGUAGAUUAUUUAUUUCAUUCCAUUUAUGAAAUGCUUUCUAAAAUCUCAAAUCAACGCUACAAUAAAAGCAUCAAGAAUUUUAAAAAUUCAAGUACAAUGCGCAUACAGACUGGGAUAAACAUCUCCAUUUGAGUGAUUUGAACACAUAUUCACAGCGUGUAACAUUCAGACACACUUGUGAGUGAAUAGAGCAACAUAAGAGUGUGUAUCCCCUGCCCAUACUGUGCAUGCUAAGUGACCCCCCUCCUGGCAUUCAUGGACACAUGGCAAAUGUCUGGAGGAAGGGGCUUUUCACAUACACCUGUACAUUUGAAAAACCCCUCCCUACAGAUGUUUGCAUUGUGUAAACAGAUGCCAAGGGAGGCUGCUCAGCAUGUGUGGUGUCAUGUUUGAGACUACUCAGUGUGUCCCUGCUUUUGUGUGCAGCUAGUUCACAGAGCCUAGGGCUUGCCGAUCAGAAGGUCGGCGGUUCGAAUCCCUGCAACAGGGUGAGCUCCCGUUGCUCGGUCCCUGCUCCUGCCAACCUAGCAGUUCGAAAGCAUGUCAAAGUGCAAGUAGAUAAAUAGGUACCGCUCCAGUGGGAAGGUAAACGGCGUUUCCAUGCGCUGCUCUGGUUCACCAGAAGUGGCUUAGUCGUGCUGGCCACAUGACCCGGCUCCCUCGGUCAAUAAAGCAAGAUGAGCGCCGCAACCCCAGAGUCGUCUGCGACUGGACCUAACGGUCAGGGGUCCCUUUACCUUUAAGUUCACACAUGAAUGUAUCACCAGAUUUCUCUAGCCGUGAUAAAUCUGUACUUGUAGUGAUCAUGUGGUUAAUGAACAUAUGAACCGGCCUGUACUGUUCGAGGGAGAGAAACUGCACAAUUUUUACCAUGCAUUAAUCCAGACAAUUGCUUUUUUUUCAUCACACACUUGCAGAAGCAGGACUUUGUGGGUUGCACUGUGUGUCCCCGAGCUACACACAGUCCUGCCAGAAACUUGACCUAUUGUUUAAAUGCACUGCCAUAUCAAGCUUUCCUUUGGAGAAAGUUUGCAGUUUUGACACUCUCUUGUCGUGUCCUGUGAGUCAGCUGCUGAUUGCAGAGUAACGAUAAACCACAGAGUGGGUUUUAACUGUGAGAGAAAGGAAGAAGCUGCUGGUUCCCCUCCUCAUACGACAUCAGCUUUGAAAGCUGUCGGUUUUUCAGUCUGAGUUCGCCAAACAGCAAGUUUCUUCAGUAAAGUUGGAGGCACCAACAGGUAGAUCUUGGUGGUGUUGGGACUACAGGUGGUGGCCAUUUUGCAAGAGAGUUGCGUUGCUGACCCUCGCGAGCUUCAGCAGAGAGCACUCUACUCCCUCUGCCCCCUUUUCUGUCCACUUCUGGGGUCGGUGCAAUGCACGUGCGCACGGUCACACAUCAAACCAGCCAUUGCCUGUAAAGAGGUACCUCGGGUUAAGAACUUAAUUUGUUCUGGAGGUCCGUUCUUAACCUGAAACUGUUCUUAACCUGAAGCACCACUUUAGCUAAUGGGGCCACCCGCUUGCCCAAUGUGUAUAUUGGACAAAACUGCAUACAAAUAUGUGUUGCUGUUUUUCAUAAAUUUGCACUAAAAGUGAUGACAUUUUAUGAGGAUAUCUUUUUUAAAUUACAAAUUCUGCACAAAUGCAGAGAACUGAAUUUAACAUUGGGGAAAUGAGAAACCAGGUGGAUGGGCAGGAUAUAAAUAAUAAAAUUAUUAUUAAUUAUUAUUAAAUGGAGAAAUCUGAAGCUGACAGAUCUGUCCAUUCCCGGUAGCCUCUCUAGCUUUUGGAGCCAUCAGCUAUUCUCCCAACUUGUGUGUCUUCUCUCUGCACAAAUGACCAGUCUGACAUGGGACCGCGACAGAAAAACAGUUCCUUUGCUGUGCCAUCAGUUGGGCUUGAGAACUUAGCUGAUAUGUCACAAGGUUAUUUCCACGUGUCAGCUGGACAAAAUUUCUAAAUAAUUUUUCAUUUGUGAAUUUUGCUUGCACAGGUAGCAAGAGGCAUUUGCCUAAUUCAGCCAUAAAACCGGGAUCUCCUAUCGCUGUCAAGACCAACGAUCCAGGAGUUCAGAGAGCUGCUAGGUUUGGUGUUUACAGAUACAACAACAGUUCAAAUGACAUCUUUCUCUUCAGAGAAUUUCGCAUAAACAAAGCCAUGAGGCAGGUAAGGAAACUCCGGCUGUUAUGGCAACAAAUUCAGCAAUGAAUUUGUCAUUUUCUGGUGCCAAUGCAAGAUGAAAUAUUCCCGUAAGUCACCUCACACUCAGGUGGAAAUAUCACUGUAGUGCAUCUGAAAGUCAUACUGUUGAAGUGAGCUAUUAUGACUUGCAUCUUGGUUCAGCUGCUGCUCUGCUGAUGGCUAAAUAAGCCCUUCUGGAAGGUCUACAUUUCUGCUGCAACCACAAAGUACGCCAUCUUCUGGGCUGCCACCACCCUGAGCUUCUAUGGGCCCCCUUCUGUUGAUCUUGACACCAGAGAAAGUUGAUAGGGAAGGAGAUGGUCUUUCGGGUAUUUGUGGCCUGAGUUGUUAAGGGCUUUAAUCACUAACAUGAAUAUAUUGAAUCAGGCGCAGCAAAGAACUGGCUGCAACAAAUGCAUCUGUUUUAAGAGGUUAUAUAUGAUCCAAAUGGAACCCCAGUUAGUAACCUCGCUGUUUCAUCACCUUCUCCCAAUGUUGUCUCUGGUCAAACAGGUUUAACAGGUUUUUGUCCUUCAAAACCAAUAAUCAGAGAUAACAGUAGGAUGAAUAUACAAGCAACAGGCACCAACAUGCCUUAGCAAUAUGCCUCCCACUUGGGUGGGGUGGGGUGGAAAUAUAAGGCCUUUGAAAAAGCUGUUAUCUUCCCUUCCUGCUUCCCCGGUAUAUAAAAAGUUCCCUCUAUCUCUUCAAUUUGCCUUACUAUGUCUGGUUUAGUGAAAAUUGUUCUCUCUAGGUUGUGAGAGGGGUGAAAUACAAAAUCGAUGUUGAUAUCUGCCGGACAGUAUGCAGCAAAAGGAUACAUCCCGAGCCCGACUUGGACAGAUGUGAUUUCCAGAGGAAAAAGACACUGAGACAAGUAAGAUGUGUUCAGAUUUCUCAUUGGUUUCCUAAUGGACUAAUGUGGAAUGUUACGGGGGACUCAGCUACAUUAGUAAAGAAAAAGCGUUUUAAAUGCGUUAGAACACUUUGACACCAGAUGGCGCUGUGGAGUUCUGCCUUUUGGCAACGUGAUUUCACAUUACGAGGUUUACAACACAUUUUCCUGAAAUCCCCCCCCCCCAUGUGUCUAGAUUCAGCCAGGAUCUGAUGUGCUAUCCAUAUUGCAGGGAGGCCAACUUGAAUAAAAUGGGGUGGGGGGAGGUAGGCCCUGCCCCACAUAACUGAACACAUUAUGUGGUGCAACACAUCAUUUGAAUGGCACUGCCCAUCAACUUUGAGAGACCUGGCCUCCUCAAACAUUUUAUUAGGGGAGCCAAAGGGACCUUGGCCCCUAGGAAUGGACUCCUAUGCAUAUUGGUAUCUCUUCACUGGUGACUUAGCUGUGCCCAUCUUUAUCAAUGUUCAUGAGUCUAGAAGUGCAAACAUUAUAUUUAUAACUUAAAUGUAGGUAAAAUAAGCAUAGUGACCAAUAUAAAAUGAAAAAAACCAAAACCCUGAAGGGCAGCAAGCUGGGGAAGGCUGGCUUAUGUCAUAACCAGAUUUUCUGGUUUUUAAGAUGCCACAAUAAUUUGUUGUUUUUGCUGCUGCAAUAAACUGACAUACCUACUCCUGGGAGUGAUAAAUGGGGCAGUGGGGGAGAACCUAUUGUUCUCCAGAUGUUGAUGGACACAGAUUCCCCAUCCCAGUUAUAAUUCAAUAAGUUAAUAAGGGAAGCCACAUGUAAAACCACACUGUAGAUUUCAAAUUCUCUCUCUCUUCAGGAAACACUUUUCACAUUGACUGGUGUGUUGCAGAACUCAUACACAUGGCAAAGAGUGCCAGAGAACAUUAUUGGUUCAUGCAGCACACAAGCCAAGGUGGUUGGAUGUGUUUCAUUGCAUAAAUGUAUCGCAUGCGAAAUUCAUGUUGGGGAGGCAGCUGCGAUUCUUACCUUUCCAAGGUCCUGAUGGUGCAAUUUUUGUUACAUGUUGGGAGCCUUAAUGUCUGAGAGCCUUGACAUUACCUUCAAAUCUGGGAGCUUUUUUAAAAAUACAGUGGUACCUCAGAAUUCGAAUGGAAUCCUUUCUGGAAGUCCGUUCAACUUCCAAACAUUUGGAAACCAAGGCGCGGCUUCCGAUUGGCUGCAGCCAAUCAGAAGCCAUGUAAGCCACAUUGGUCGUUCAGGUUCCAAAGAACGUUUGCAAACCAGAAUUCUCACUUCCAGGUUUGGGGAUCAAAAUGUUUGACUCACACGGCAUUCGCAAACCAAGAUACAACUGUACCUUUCACACAAUACCUUAGGUAAUGUAAGAAGCACUGGGGAAUGUGAGAGGAACCUAUACUAUGGCUCCUUCCCAGUGCUAAUUUUUCCUAGAAAAAAGAGGUGCCAGAACUCUCAGGUAGGCACCAUUUCCAUUAUAAAAAAACCAGAGAGGUGCCAGAACUGAGUUCCAGCAAGUUCUGGCUUUAAAAAGCCCUGCCCCAUCCCGUUUCUGCAUUAGUUAUGUUGCGCCCAGGCCUGAUAUCAGCACUAGACACCUUCUGGCACCUGCCCUGAGCCUCUACCCCCACCCACCAAGCAGUGAGCGGCUGCAAAUGGCCAUGAUGAAUUUCCCACAAUGCUCUGGGGUGACUGUGUAGGAGAACGUUGUACAAGGGCACUGUGGAAAAUUUGAAAUGGUUGCUGCUGGUGGUCAAUCGGGGGCAGGCUCUACUGAUGUAGGGGAACGAAGCCACAGAAGGCGCUUUGUCAAAGGAGUGUGGCCUUCGUUGCUCCCCUGUGGCCUGGGACCUCUCCCUGUGCAACAUGAGAAGUCGUGCAGUAGUGGCAACAUCAUGAGAGCAGCGAGAGACUCUUCCCUUGCUGAUGCAGAAUCUUCCCCCACGUAAUAUAUGAGGCUUAUCAGAUAGCGAAAGCACUACAAGAAAGGCUGUCGUUUCCUAAGCCAGAGCAUUGCAAGAGGCCUCUGUCUUUUAUCACAUUGGGCAUGAGGCCAGAGUAGGGAGUUGCGCAUGAAUGUUGCAGGAGCUGCGGCCACAUCUCCUUGCCUUGGGGUUGUCAAAGAGGAAGGUGGAAUAACUGUGAGCUCCUUUUUGAAAUACCUGCUCAGGAUAUUGAACAAGCCAUCGGAUAAUGACACAGGUCAGCUUUCUAGAUUUCGACACUGGGCUGAUUUUAAUAUUCAUCUUUCUCCUUUCCCCCCUUCUCAGACAUUCAGAUGCUAUUUUGAAGUUUGGAUCACCCCCUGGCUGCAUCAAGUCGAAGUCCCAGUCUCCCUCUGUCAAUAACCUCCCCCUAAUACAGGCAAUGGACUCUGUUUUUGUAAAUGUUGUUCUGUGACAAAAUCGUCAGUAAAGAUGUUGGUCUGUAAAGAA